AAAAGGAAGGAAGGAGAGAAAGAGAGAGAAAGAAAAGAAAGAAAGAAAAGAAAAGGAAGUUUACUAUCACGGGGGGGAGGAGGAGGAGAAUCAAAAGUCAGCAACAUCAGCUGCAAUCCAGCGGUUCCUUCCGUCGUUCUCGGCUCUUCCCGCGAAGAGCUCCAACCUCUUCUCGGGCGGCUUAACGCUCAACUUUCCCGGAACUCCCGGGAAUUCCGAAGGAGCGCCGGUUGGCAGGCAGGAGCUGGAAGCUCGGCUCUUCCCCUCCGCUGCCUCCCUCUUUGCGCAAUCGGGGCGCCGUCGCUCGCCCUGCGGGCUGGCCCCGACAGGCAAGGCGGCGGAAAGACACCCAGCCUCCUGCCUUCGCCUUCGCCGCCGUUCCAGCUGGGCCUUUCCCCAGAUUGCGCCAGCAGCUCGUGGGCGUUUUCCCGCUUGCCCGCCUGGCCUCCCGCCCCGCUUCGCCUCGAGGAGCGCCCAGGAAGGAGGCAAAACGCCCGACAGCAACAGCUGCCUAAAAACAACAACAACAAAAGUCGCUUCCUCGGCCCAAGGCGACCAGCCGGGCACUCGCCUUCCAACGCCCCCGCCCGGGCGGGGCUCGCCAAAGCCACGUGGGUCGCAUCCUCCAAGUUUGCAAAUAGCCUUUAUUGAUUAUUGUUUUUUUCAGAGAGGGCGAAAGUUGCAGCCGGUUGCAAGGAGGGGAGAAAGUGGUGGCUGGCUUGGCUGGCUGGGACCUUGAUCUGACGGCCCCCGGGGCGGCGAUGGGUCCCUCGGAUGGCUGAAGAGAAGCGUUCGGAGCCCGGGGCUGCCAGGCGCGGCGGCGGCGGGAUGGAAGCGACCGACUCCAAGUUGGGCCGAGCCGGCAGCCUCUGGCAGGACACGCUGGCCAUGGCGCUGACCCCCAGCAAGCCGCUCUCCCCGGCGGGCGGCCAGAGCUGCCGCGAAAGCGGCGGGAGGACCCGAGCCCUGCGCGUGGUUUACAUCGUCACCGAGGACUUGGAAAAACCGCUGCCCUUCUUGUCCCUGCAGGAAGCCUGCAGGGAGGUCCCGGCCACGGAGCUCGCCACCGUCCCUUUCGGCACCCUCAUGCUGGGAGACACGGACAGUCUGGACCGCUUCUACAACGCGGAUGUGGUGGUUGUGGAGAUGAGCAACAGCUUGUGUCAGCCUUCACUUUUCUAUCACCUGGGAGUACGUGAGAGCUUCAGUAUGACCAACAAUAUUCUCCUUUGCUGCUAUACCGAUCUUCCAGAAUUGCAAGCUCUCCGUGAAGUGAUCUUUCAGAAGAAUUCGGAUAGCAACGGGAGCUAUACCUUCAUCCCAUAUGUGGUGACAAACCAGAAGAAGGUCUUCUGUUGCGAUGUCGGCACCAUGACGUGCUUGACUGAGCUUUACCAGUCCAACUUCAACAUGGAAGCCGUCUUCAAUCCACUCACAGCGCAACUUAUUAAACUGCUUGAGGGCACUUCUGUCAGCUCCAGCGGCUACUUCCGAGAGAUGAUCAGGAGUGACAUCCGGAAGGCUCGUGAAAUGUACCAUGGGGGACAACUGAGCCGUGAACUGACCAGCAUUCUACAGCGCCUGGACAGCGUGGAGUGCCUGAGCCUAGACAUUGUCAUGAACUUCCUUCUCUCCUACCGAGAUGCUCAGGACUGUGAUGCUAUCAUCACCCUUGUGGAGACUCUCCAAAACCUACCAACCUGCAGUGUCGCCGAGCAACACAACAUCUGUUUCCACUACGCCUUUGCUCUUGACAGGCGGAACCAACCUGGGGACCGUGAGAAAGCUCUCUCUGUUCUCCUGCCUCUGGUGGAGAAACCCGAAGGGGUGGCACCUGACCUGUAUUGCAUGUGUGGCCGCAUCUACAAAGACAUGUUCAUUGACUCUGGGUUCACGGAUUCCGAGAAGAGAGACAAGGCCUUCCAUUGGUACCACAAGGCCUUUCUGACUGAGCCAAGCCUUCAUGCUGGAAUUAAUUCGGUUGUCUUGCUCAUCGCCGCGGGUCAUAGUUUUGAAGCCUCUAUGCAGCUUCGGCAGAUCGGGAUGAAGGUGAGCUGCGUUUUGGGGAGGAAGGGGAGCCUGGAAAAAAUGCAGCACUAUUGGGACGUAGGCUUUUAUUUUGGUGCGAGCAUCUUGACGGGCGACUUCGACAAAAUCAUCCAAUCCUCUGAGAAGCUGUACAAGCUGAAUGCUCCUGUGUGGUACUUGACGUCCAUCAAGGAGACUUACACAAUCUACAAUCAUUUCAACACGGUCCCUGACACGUGGACACCCAAACAGGAGCUGGUUGAUUUCUGGCUGGGGUUUUUAAUGGAGUCCUGCCAGCCCUUCGUCUCCACGGAGAGCUGUUUGGUGUUGAUUCUCGACUUGAGCAAGGUGCUGCAACCCUCUCAGCUCUCUGUGUGCAACGAGGAGAUCAGAAAAUCAGUGACACUAAGCUACAUCGGUUCCCUGGAAGAGGAAGGAAUUUCUACCUGGACUUUUCCCGUAUCCUCCAUCCGUGGAAUCAGCAUUUCUAAGUGCGACGAACGAUGCUGUUUCCUUUAUGUGCGGCAUACAGUUGAAGAUUUCCAGUUAUACUUCCCUACCCAAAAUCACUGCCGCUGGUUUUUUGAACUGAUCCAUUCUUUCAUGGCAGAGAUGGGUGAAGAAGGGAAUUGGUGCAGCUCUCCAGUGGAACUAGAGUAUGAAUAUGAAUACACUGAAGCAGGCGACAGGGUGAUUUUGGGAAAAGGGACAUACGGGGUGGUCUAUGCCGGACGAGACCGCAGCAACCAAGUACGCAUUGCCAUUAAAGAGAUUCCAGAGCGGGAUAGCAGAUAUUCACAGCCUCUGCAUGAGGAGAUUGCCCUGCACAAGCGCCUGAAACACAGGAACAUUGUCCGUUAUCUGGGCUCCGUGAGUCAAAAUGGCUUCCUCAAAAUCUUCAUGGAGGAAGUGCCUGGAGGAAGCCUCUCUUCUCUCUUGCGGUCCAUGUGGGGUCCUUUGAAGGACAACGAACCAACCAUUGUAUUCUACACUAAGCAAAUCCUAGAGGGUUUACGUUACCUCCAUGAUAACCAGAUUAUCCACCGAGAUAUCAAGGGAGAUAACGUCUUGAUCAACACUUAUAGUGGCGUCUUAAAAAUUUCAGACUUCGGCACUUCCAAAAGGCUGGCUGGGAUCAGCCCAAGCACUGAGACAUUCACAGGUACCCUGCAGUACAUGGCCCCAGAGAUCAUUGAUCAGGGGCCCCGAGGUUAUGGGAAACCUGCCGACAUCUGGUCCCUGGGCUGCACCAUCAUUGAGAUGGCCACAGGCAGGCCUCCCUUCUUUGAGCUGGGCAGCCCACAGGCCGCAAUGUUCAAGGUGGGGAUGUUCAAGAUCCAUCCAGAGGUGCCCAGUUCCAUGUCUGACGAAGCCAAGGAUUUUAUCCUGAAAUGUUUUGAAGCUGAUCCAGACAAGCGAUCGACCGCGGCUGCUUUGCUUCAGGAACCCUUUUUAAGGAACAGGAAGAAAUGCAGGAGCCCAGCAGUGCCAGAUGAUCCAUCUGUGUCCAACAAGCCCAGAAGGUCCACUUCAUCGGAAGGCGUUGCAGAACCUAGAAAUCGUUCUUCUUCCUUGCACUCCUUGAAAGUCCAAGUGGAAAAUAUUGUUUUAUCCCGAAGUUCCAGCGAAGUGAACCAGGGGAACAAUUAUCUGAGGACCCCUGAAGCUGUGACCAAUGUCGAUCUCAACCUCUCUGCUUCCUCCCACGAAGAGAGCAGUUGCCUCUUCUUGCUCAAGAAAGACAGCGAGAGGCGAGCUACCUUACACAAAGUCCUGACGGAGGAACUGCCGAAUAUCGCGGCAGCCAUAUAUGAGGCUCAGGAAGAGAGGGUGCUGUCGUUGGAACACAUUGCUGAGCUGGUAUCCUGUCUCAAGAGCUACAUCCGUUCCCCAGGCCGCAAACAGCUGGCUCAAAGCCUGCUCCAGUUACAGGCUCGCUUGCAGUCCGAUGGGCUGAGUUUUUGUCAGGUGCAGGCGCCACUCUUUGCCUUCCAGGACACUGUAAAGCACAUGCUACGGAAGCUCCAAAUUAAGCCGCACUGGGUGUUCGCCCUGGAUAAUCUCAUGGGGCAAGCGGUCCAGGCAACCUUGACCGUCCUCUUGGAAGAACUCAAGGUGCAGCCGCAGAAUUUGCAAGAGGAAAGCCAGAAUCACCCGAGCAGCAGAGAACACGAGGAGCCGCUUUUGACUCAGCAGCCCCCAUCUUUGAAAAAGCAGGAGAGCGACCUCAAGGACAGUGCAGAUACGCCAACGUCCGGAAUUGGCACCGACACCAACAGUUGGCUGGAUUCCCAGCCUCCCUUCAAGAGCCAUUUGCCCCUCAUGACUCAACUCAACCAUCUGCAGGAAGAAACCAGAAGGUUGCAGUGGAAAUUGGUAGAGAAGCAGCAGGAAUAUCAGAGGCUCCUACAAGAAGCCCUGAAGAUCAUGGAACAGGACUCCUGGUCUCUGAGAAGGCCACAGAUAAUCGAAAUCCCUCCUUCUCCAACUUCCUGGGACCAAGAAGAAAAAGCUGGCGAUCCCCUCCUGGCAGAGUGGUUAGAGAAACAUGGCGCAGACAAAGCCACAGUGGCAGUGUUCUGCUACCAUGGAUUCACCCUGAAUGAUUUGCUGAAGUUGGCUACAAUCGAUGAUCUCCGGUACACGUGCAUCAGAGGGGGAAUGGUGUGCCGUAUUUGGAAAGCCAUCGUGGACCACCGACAAAACCUGUCCAAACAGCAGCUACACCAGCAACCGUGAGAAGAAAAAAGAGGAAAGGAAGCCUUGGAUUUCUUUGCAGGACCACAAUCUCUGGUCGCCCAGUCCAUCUUCUCACCAGCAGUUGAGAUAUAAGGCUGGAAAGAUUUUUUUAACUUGUCAGUCCUCAUAUUGAGGUCAGAGAUUGGCUUUUUCAUCUUUCCUUUGGCCCAGGAAAAUGACCCCUCCCAAAAAAAUCAUCUUUAGAGCAAACAGAUUUGGGGAGAACGUCACAGUUUCCGUGGAAGACUUUCUGCUGAAUUUAGCAAUAUGCAUUAUGGACUGAGGAAAAAAGCAGAAAAUGUUUUCUUGCUGAAAGUACCAAAAAAAGGACUGAAGAAUGUUGUGAUACUCUACCGUUAUUAGAGAGAGGGGCUGCUCCAGGAUCAGGAGUUUCUUUGUUGGAGCCUCAUCUUGGCUACGGAGAUCAAUUUGGCAAUUUUGGACUGCUCUACGUCUCCUCCCCUCCAAGUCUGCAGUCCAGAGGUGGGUUUCAGCAGGUUCUGACCAAUUCUGGAGAACUGGUAGCGGACGUUUUGAGUAGUUCAGAGAACCGGUAGUAAAAAUUCUAACUGGCCCCGCCCCCAUCUAUUCUCUGCCUCCCAAGUCCCAGCCGAUCAGGAGGAAAUGGGGAUUUUGCAGUAACCUUUCCCUGCCAUGCCCACCAAGCCAUGCCACGCCCACCAAGCCACACCCGCAGAACCAGUAGUAAAAAUUCUGACUGGCCCCACCCUCAUCUAUUCCCUGCUAUCCAAGUCCCAGCUGAUCGGGAGGAACUGGGGAUUUUUUUAAAAAAAAUUGAUUUAUAUGCCGCCCUUCUCUGGAGACUCAGGGCGGCUUACAAUGUGCUAAGCAAUAGCCUUCAUCCUUUUGUAUAUUUAUACAAAAUUUUGCAGUGAUCUUCCCCUGGGGUGGGGUGGCAAUGGAGAUUUUAUAGUAUCCUUCCCCUGCCACGCCCAUUAAGCCAUGCCACACCCACAGAACCGGUAAUAAAAAAUUUGGAAACCCACCACUGCUGCAGUCUCUAGUGAAAAACCCAGCAAUGCAGCUGUAGGAGUUGGUGGUGGUGUCAGCAGUGGUGGAAGUCAAGUAAUUUAACAACCGGUUCUCUGCCCUAAUGAUUUCUUCCAACAAACCAGUUUGCCAAAGCGUUCAGAAAGUUAACAACCGGUUCUCCCGAAGUGGUGCAAACUGGCUGAAUCCCACCACUGUGCGUUAGUUGGAUGAGAGACACUGCAAGCCAGGCUUUAGGGGAGCUCGAGAAAGUAAAGAGGACUUAAUGGGACUGCUUAUGUGUCUCUGGAUCUCUACAAGGAACGAAGGUGGGGUGUGCAGAGAAGCUUAAUAAAAAUGGUUAUUUAAAACUACA